GAAAAACGAGCUGAAAACGGAACGCAAAACUAAAUAUAUCAAAACAUUCGUAAUUUAAUAAGUUAAGACACGUUUCUUGCUCGAAUCUACGUUCCGUUCUCGUUGUGUACUCGUUGUUAGCGCGUAUGUAAAUGUGACUACGUCUGUGUUCGUACUUUAUGAUCGCCUGUCAAAACUCGGAUACUUGCGACGUUUCGCUUUCGAAACGUAAACAAAAGUCCACCGGUUACAGUUCGGCAAUUUAUUUGGACGUUAUUUACGAGGUGCGAGUCGAGUUGCGGGAGUUAUGAACAAGAAUAUGUAAAAUUAAUUACCCACGUCCAGUGUCGCUGACGAAGAUUCAGUUUGGAUUGUUUUUGAAUAAGGAGAGCAUGUGAUGCCGGCCUUUGACGCCCGGCGCCAUGCCCACGCCGCUGCAGGCCGGCGGCCCCGCUAGCGGCCCGCCCCCCGAGCGCAAGCGGCGCCGCAAGCGCGACGACCCCCAGAGCUCGGCCGCGCUCAGGCCCGACGACGACGACGACGGUGACAUGAGCCCCGAGGAGGAGCCCCGCAACGUGCCGGCGGCCCCGGCGGCCCCUGCUCCUCCCGCCGGCCUCGCGCCCACCUCGCCGCCCGCUGCUCCGGACGCCGUGGACCUCUCGCGACGAGACUCGCCUCCGCUCUCCUCGGACGUCGAGCGCUUCGACGGCAAGAUUGUCUACAACCCUGACGGAUCCGCCUACAUCAUCGAGGAUCCGGAGAUGUCUGAGGGCGAGACAAGCCUCCCUGAUUUACCGAAGAUCGAACCCGGGUGCAUCGUCGACAGCCGAGACAGCAACAUCGUCGAGAAACAUCUCGAAUUCCCUCAAAUAGCGAGUGCAUUCUACGUAUCAAGAAAUUCCUCAUUAUAUGGAGCCCUAUACGGUCGUUUAGCAGCGGAGCGUGCGCGGGCGAGGCCCGACGCCCCCGUCAUGCACAGCUAUCGAGUGUUCAGUUUCCGUGGCGGUAAAGACGUUCCCAGACCGCCAUCGCCGCCCGCCGAGUGCCCCGUCAGCGUGCCGGUCAAACCAAUUCUUAUGUGUUUUAUUUGUAAAUUGAGUUUCGGAUACGCCAAAUCCUUCGUGGCGCAUGCGCAAUCGGACCAUAGCUUAUCAUUACUAGAUUCAGAAAGAGACGCUUUAUCGAGAGAAAAUGCGUCCGCGAUCAUACAAUGUGUUGGAAAAGAUAAGGAGCCAUUAGUGUCAUUCUUAGAACCCGUCGGUGCAGCGGCGCCACCGCGUGCCUCGAUGUCGGGCAGUCCCGCCAAUAUGUCGGAACUAUCGAGCCCUUCGGUAGAAAAGAGAUUAGAAAAUAUGACUCCGGAUCGAGACCACGAUUCAAUGUUACCGAACGGAUCGUGCGACGACAGAAGACCAAGCCCACCGUCGUGGAGGCCACCGCGUUCAAUAGCGGAAUCUCUGCUUCCACAACAUUCCUUGAUCUCCGUAGCGCAUCCACAUACGAUAAAUGCCUCGGUACAACCUCGCACUAGUCCUAAUUCUUCACCACCAUUUCAAACUGCCCCUCCCGCCUUCCUGUCGGGCACCACGAUCGGAGUAUGUCCGGAUCAUCUCGGCGGCAGACCUUCAGGUGCGGAUUGUCCGAAGUGCGAACUUAUUUUGAAUUCCGGAAGGCUCGGUGGACCCCUUGCCGGCAUGCAUAGCCGUAAUUCCUGCAAGACAUUAAAAUGUCCCAAAUGUAAUUGGCACUAUAAAUACCAAGAAACAUUAGAGAUACACAUGAAAGAGAAACACCCGGAAGCCGAAACGAGUUGCAUUUACUGUAUCGCUGGGCAGCCUCACCCUCGAUUAGCCCGGGGAGAGACAUACACGUGCGGCUACAAGCCGUACAGGUGCGAAGUUUGCAACUACUCUACAACGACGAAAGGCAAUCUCAGUAUUCAUAUGCAGUCAGAUAAGCAUUUAAAUAAUAUGCAAGAACUACAGAACGGUGGUAACCCCGGUGAAAGCUCGUUACCUCCGGCACCGCAGCAUACGCCACCAGGCGGGCACAAGCCGCCGCUACCUCAUCAUUCGCCCCUGGGUCAGAAGCCAAAGCCGACGUUUCGCUGUGAUGUGUGUAAUUACGAGACAAACGUUGCACGCAAUCUCCGGAUACACAUGACCUCAGAAAAGCACACACAUAAUAUGCUUGUACUGCAGCAGAAUGUAAAGCACAUGCAAACGCUGUCCGCGCUACACCACAGGCAGCAGAGCCAGCAGCAGCUUGAGAGCUUGCUGCACUUCCACAGCGGCGAGGCGCCCCCUCCUAACCCAGAAGCGGCGCUCGCAGACAUGGCGUACAAUCAAGCUCUUAUGAUCCAACUUAUGACUGGAGGACCCGGACUAUCGCCUCCUGAAUUAGGAGCGCAUCUCGACGUCGGGUUAAACCCAGAAGCAAUGGAACCGCCGCCCGAGCCGGCAGAUCCUGAGCCGGAAAGAACUUUCCAUUGUUGUAUUUGCAACUGCUUCUCGACCGACUCGUUAGAAGCGCUCGGUCAUCAUUUGGCACAAGACCGCACUAAGAUACGAGAGCAGGAGAUAUUGGCAUUGGUCGCAGGUCACUACGUGUGCAAAUUAUGCACAUAUAAAACUAACCUCAAAGCUAACUUUCAGCUUCAUUGCAAAACUGACAAGCACCUUCAACGACUGCAACAUGUUAAUCAUGUAAAAGAAGGUGGGCCACGAAAUGAAUGGAAAUUAAAAUUCUGCGGGGGAAUAGGAACAAGUGGCGCGGGCGUCGGCGGAGUGCAAGUCCGAUGCUGCGCUUGCGAUUAUUAUACGAACUCCGCGCAUAAGUUGCAGCUGCACGCUGCCGGCGCCCGGCACGAGGCCGCCACGCUGCUGUUGAGACACAUCCGCGAAUGUGCGGCAAGAAUUCCGCGCGACCGCGCUCGCGUGUACCGCUGCGCGCUCUGCGGGUUCGGGGCCCCACACCGGUUGCCCUUGUUACAACACGUGCGCUCCGUUAAGCACUUGCAAAUGGAACAAAUACAUCAACUGCAGCGUCGCUCCGAGGGCAAGGACCCCACGCCUGACGUGGCCGAGCUGUUCCAAGUGAUUCCGCAGCCACCAGAGCUUCCCAGCCCCUAUGAUCAACAAGAAGAUAAUAAAGAACUGAUUGAUCAAAAGCCUGAAUUAACUCAAGAACAGAAAAUGAUGCGGUUUUUGGAACAACACCAUCAACAACAACAACAGCAGCUCCAACAACAGCAACUACAACAGCAACAACAACAGCAGCAGCAACAACAACAACAACUCCAACAACAACCCCCACCGCAACUACAGCCUCAGCAGGGUCCCAGUGAGAGGGAAGACGAUCACGAUACCCCCGGACCUCACUCAUGCCCAUAUUGUAAUUUUAGUUGUGGAAGUGAGUCCAGAUUACACUCUCAUGUUACUUCUGUACACGGAGACACUUCUUCGCAUUUUAUUUGCCCGCUGUGCCAAGAUGCCUUCAAAGAUCGGCCGGCCCUUGAGAGACAUGUUAUGCAAAUACAUUCAGUUAACUCCGAAGGCUUACAGCGGCUGCUUCUUCUCGUCGACCAAAGUCAUUGGCUAAAUGGUGGCGCUCAACCAAAGAGAGAAGAGACGCGACAAGGUGACGAUGACAGAGAGAUUUCCUCGCCACGAUCGGAAGGCAGCGUGGAUGGCGAAACAGAGCGAUGUUUGACGUGCAACAGGACCUUCCGCAACGUAGAUGAGCUGUGUCAUCAUCAAAACGAGUCCGGCCAUUUGGAAUUGAAACAAACUCCACAAGGGCCUGGAUACUUCUGUUGGAAGAAAGGAUGCAACAGAUACUUCGAUACCGGUCACGCUUUACAAAAUCAUUUUAGAGAAGCACAUGCACGAAACUCGACUGCGAAUAUGUCCGUGUCAGAAAAGCAUGUGUAUAAAUUCAGAUGUAAUCAGUGCAGUUUAGCCUUCAAAACAAUAGAGAAACUACAGCUACAUUCUCAAUACCACGUGAUACGUGACGCUACAAAAUGCACAAUAUGUGGCCGAAACUUCCGCUCAGUGUUGGCUCUACAAAAACACGUAGAAACUUCUCACACCGACAUCUCUGAAGAGGAUCUCGCUGCAUUUAAACGAAGUUUAGCGACAAAUCCUUUGUUGCAAUCUAAUCAAGGCACCGCAUUAGACCCGGCUAUGGCUGACCUAUUGCGCAAAGAAGCUCUUAGAACGCCCGACGAUGAAUUAGGUGAAAUAGACGACAGAGAUUCCAGCGCUAAUGCAGCCGAUGAGUCGGGACACAACGAUGCUGAAAAUUCUGAUGAUUCUAUAAUUUAUAAAGACCAACAAUUUUUAGAAGACUAUUUAAAUUCACAGGCGAUGGCCGAAGAUUCAUACAAUGACCCGAAUAGAAAAUAUAAAUGCCAUCGAUGCAAAGUAGCGUUCACACGCCAAUCUUAUUUGACUGCACAUAAUAAAACACUGCUACAUAGAAAAGGCGAAAAAUUAACGUAUCCAAUGGAGAAAUAUCUCGAUCCCAAUAGACCCUUUAAAUGCGACGUAUGUAAGGAGUCGUUUACGCAAAAGAAUAUUUUACUCGUUCAUUAUAAUAGUGUCAGUCAUUUACACAAAUUAAAAAGGGCGAUGCAAGAACAACAGAAUAACAAUAACCCUCCGGUGUCGCCGGGGGCUGGGACAGCUCCCUCUAAUUUGACACUCACACCUAAGAGCACCUCGAGUGAAGAAGACGACCGAAAACGAUACAAGUGCAACAUAUGUAAAGUCGCUUACACACAGGGCAGCACGCUAGACAUUCACAUGAGGUCUGUGCUACACCAGACGCGCGCGGGAAAACUACAGGAGCUCGCCGCGGCCGGUCACGUGGACUUGACGCGGCCCUUAGUAGAGCAGCCCGAUAAGCCCGACCCCGCCAAAAUAUUACAAGACGUGUUGUCGCCGAAAAAUACAUCCCCUUCUUCAACAAGCAGCGGGGGGCCCCGUUCCUCACCCCCCGCGCGGCCAGGUAGCCCUCGCUCCCCUCGCGCAGGUAGCGCCGCGUGCGAGCGGUGCCACGCGUCAUUUCCGAACGGAGAGCUACUCGACGCACAUCGUGCGACUUUAUGCCCGUUUAGCGAUGCGCGGGCGCACUCACCGCUAGGAGAAGCGGAGCAAGCCGCUCUGGACGAGAUGGUAGCCAAGGGAAAUCCGCCCAAACGAAACUCACAAAUGUAUAAACAAUUACUUGAGACUUUCGGCUUCGAUCUCGUCAUGCAAUACAAUGAGAACCAACGGCGAAAAAUGCAAGAAGAGCGCGAAAUGGCGCGAGCGCCGAGCCCGCCGCCCCCACCGCCCGAGGAAAAGCCCCCGGAUAACGAAUCGAAGUCGACGUGCCAACAUUGUAAUAAGGAGUUUUCUAGUGUGUUCGUUUUAAAAACUCACUGUGAAGAAGUGCAUAAGGAUAAAGUUCCGUUAGAGUUUUUGGAGCAAUUCGCCGAGCAGUUCAAAUCGGAAUAUGAACGAAAAUCAGGAGCGCCCAAUUCACCGCGAGCCGCAUCACCCGCGCCACGAGACGAGAGGUCGCCUUCACCGCGAGGAGAUGCCAACGGUAGCUUCAAUGAGAAUGGGAGCAGUGCGGGCGAGGCGCAAGCAGGCGCACUGCUGGCUGCGCAGGUGCAGGAGAUGCAGGCCGCCCUCAACAUGCUGCAGCUGCAGCAGCAACUCGGGCAGCUGCACCCAAUGAUGGCUCAGAUGCUGUCUCUAGGAUUGCCUUUGGGACUGAAUGUGGGCGCGCUGGCCGCCAUGAAUCUGCAGCCGCCGCUAGUGCCUCUCAUGCUGCCACCUCCACCUUUCGAUGCGAUGCCGUUCUCUCACGACGCCCAGCUCAAACAACAACAAAUUAUGCAGCAACAGCAACAGGCUAACGCUGCAGCUGGACAGAAACGCGCUCGAACACGCAUCACCGAUGAACAAUUAAAAAUUUUGCGCGCGCAUUUCGACAUUAACAACUCUCCUAGCGAUGAAGCGAUUGCAAAAAUGGCGCAACAAUCAGGCUUAGCCACAAAAGUAAUUAAGCACUGGUUCCGAAAUACUUUAUUCAAAGAACGUCAACGAAACAAGGACUCCCCUUACAAUUUCAACAACCCACCUUCGACAACUCUUAAUCUGGAAGAGUAUGAGAAAACAGGCGAAGCAAAAGUUACACCUUUAGAUUCAUCGGCGAGCUCCGAUGAAGGCAAACCACCACCAGAAAAAAAGGCAAAAACUGAAGACCCGACACCCAUAAUUCAUCAAGAGGUAAAAUCUGAACCCAGUGAUGAACCAACAAUGGAAGAAAAAUAUAACUCCUACGAUGACAGACAUCAAGAGGACAAAAGCUUUAUUUUUCCUCAAGUCCCAUCGCAAAGUCCGGCUCUGAAUACUUCUGAUCUUCAACAAAGUAUUUCUCGACCACAAACACCAACGCAUCUGUCUUUGAAUUCUUUAAUUCAAUCGCAGUUGGAUUCGAUACCGGCAACGAGCAUACCUCAACCACCUCAUCCAUCAAUGUUGCCACCAAAAAUAAAUCCAAAUUUCACGUCCCCAAACUCCGUGCCCCCGAACGUCCUACCUUUGACCCCAAAUCGCAGCCUCAGUCCUGGCAGAGGACCGGCGGAUUUCGGACUUUCCGGGGGCAACUCGAAUGGAUCCAACAGCUCGGGGUCUUCUGGCAAACGCGCCAACAGAACUAGAUUUACAGAUUAUCAAAUUAAAGUACUACAGGAGUUUUUUGAAAAUAACGCCUAUCCUAAAGACGAUGAUCUGGAAUACCUAUCAAAACUACUAGGACUAAGUCCGAGAGUAAUAGUGGUGUGGUUUCAAAAUGCACGACAAAAGGCUCGAAAAGUAUAUGAAAAUCAACCAGCUGCUGAGCCUCCUACAGGAGCUACCGAUGAUGCUAAUAGAUUUCAACGAACUCCUGGCUUAAAUUAUCAAUGUAAAAAGUGUCAGCUUGUUUUUCAAAGAUAUUACGAAUUAAUUAGACAUCAGAAAACACAUUGUUUUAAAGAAGAAGAUGCGAAGCGAUCAGCUCAAGCGCAAGCAGCUGCGGCCCAAGUCGCUGCUACUUUGAGUAGCGAAGACUCAAAUUCAAGUACUGUCGAACAUCACAUUCCUCACGUACCUGUUUCACCUGCACCACCCCGAACGCCAACUCCAGCAGCUCCCACCUACCCUGUUUCACCAGCACCACAAGCCCCAAUUACGCCUGUUACACCUUUAACUCACCACCAACGAACUGAAGAGAAAGAUGGCAAUUUUCAAUGUGAUAAAUGCAAUCUAGUCUUCCCACGUUUUGACUUAUGGAGAGAACAUCAAUUGGUGCAUAUAAUGAACCCAAACUUAUUUCCCACAUAUCCACCAGAUUCCCCUUUUGGAAUACUACAACAACAUGCCCAGUUGCAACAAUUGAAUGCUACACUCGCAAAUAAUGAUGAAUCUCGUCACCCUUUAGUAGCAGCAUUAAAUCAACAAGUUGUGAAACGAAAAUUUGAUGAGUUUGAAGAAAUAGAUACAGGAGAACAGCCAAAAGAUAAGCGAUUAAGAACUACCAUUUUACCAGAACAACUUGAUUAUUUAUACCAAAAGUAUCAAAUAGAAUCUAAUCCAUCGCGGAAAAUGUUAGAAAACAUUGCACGAGAAGUUGGGUUAAAAAAAAGAGUAGUUCAAGUUUGGUUCCAAAAUACUCGAGCUCGUGAGAGAAAAGGACAAUUUCGAGCUCAUGCACAAGUUAUAAAUAAAAGAUGUCCGUUCUGUCCUGCAUUAUUCAAAGUUAAAAGUGCAUUAGAAAGUCAUUUGAGCACAAAACACGCCGAUCAAUGUGCACGAGGAGAAAUUAACGUGGACGCUUUACCGGACGAGGAAUUAAGUACUGAAUCUACUCCAAGUUUUGGCUCACAACAAAGUGAUAGACAGCAAAAUUUUUCCCAAGCGGGGGCUCCCAUGUUGCCCCCUAUUUUCCCGCCUUUUCACUCAGACAUGGAGAAAUUUAUCAAGCAGUACAGUGAAGAGUCAAUGAAACGAUACGUGAGUGAGUUACAAGCUCAUGCUGUGGCCCAACAAAAUGGUACAACUAAUGAGCCCACGGAAAGACAACUAGUACACAUAAAAUCGGAAAUCCCUUUAGAUCUCAGCAAGCCCGUUGAUUUGUCGCGCCCUGGAUCGGAUGCAGACGAACGCUCUGAUACUGCAUCUGAGACUAUGGAGUUUUACGAAGAAGAUGAACCCACGUCGCCGUUACCGGGUCAGCAACAUACUCCAAGGCAACCCGGAAAGCGCUUCCGUACUCAAAUGUCGUCAGUGCAAGUGAAAAUUAUGAAGUCUCUAUUUAACGACUACAAAACACCAACGAUGGCAGAGUGCGAAGCUUUGGGCCGAGAAAUCGGUCUGCCUAAGCGAGUAGUACAAGUAUGGUUUCAAAAUGCACGCGCGAAAGAAAAGAAGGCGCGUUUAGCGGCUGGCUUGUCUGAGGUGUCGGACGCGCCACCACCGGACGAGUGUCAGGUGUGCGACUUCAAGUAUAGUCACAAGUACUCCGUGCAAGACCACGUGUUCACGCCGGGCCACAUAGCAGCAGUCCGCGCGCGCCUCGAAAGCGGCGUCGCCGGCGGAGACGACAAGACACUGGCCCUCAUGCAGAUGGCGGCUCGCCUGGAGAGCAGCCUCGGCAGCGAAUUGCACAACGCGUUCCUGAGGCCUCAGCUCGCCGGCAACGGUGGCAAUCCGAACCCAAUGCCGCCACAACCUCAGCCGCAGGGCCUCAUAGUUGAGACGGGGAAUGGCGCUAGCGUGCUGCAGCUGCCGGCCACCACGCUAGAGCAGAUCCGCCACAUCGCCUCGGACCCCGGCGCCUCCACGCUGCGACUGCCGCCGCCCGCCACUGAGCCACCGGCGGGCGCGCGAGAGUUGGACUUCGACUUGUGCUACGUGUGCAAGCACUGCAAGGUGGCGUUCCCGUCGCCCGCGCCUCUGCAAGCGCACCAGGCUCGCGCGUGCUAUGCAGGGCGUGAGUCGGCCCGCGGCCUCAUCCGCGUUGUGCAGCCGGCUCUCGAGUGCCGCGUCUGUCCCAGCGAGCGCUUCCGCACAGCCGCCGAUUUCCGCCGGCACACAGAGGCGGAGGGGCAUGCAAGACGCGCCGCGCACGCCGUUGGGCAGCCCGCCGGCCCGCCGGAACCGCUCUCGCAUGAGAUGGAGGACGUCGUGAACCAGAUCACGUUGCUGGCGGCGCGCGCAGCGCAGGACUCUGCUGCGCCUAAGGAGGCCGGCGUUGGCUUUUGCGCGCCAGGGCCGCGCUUUCCGCCGCCCGGAGAGCUGCCGCUAGCCAGCGCCGGCCACUAAUCCCGUUCCGACGAAAUGUAUAGUUACUACCCCAGAGCUCCGCGCUCUGUCCGUUGUCCGACAACGCAGCAGUUCACUAUUAGCUCUUAACGCUUCUUUUCGUUGAACGUCGCCGGAAGCG